UUUUCCGGUUUACGUGCUUGCUGGUGGACACAUUUCGUGAGGAAUAAUUCGCCAAAAUGGUCCAGCGACUGACGCUUCGACGACGCUUGUCGUACAACACCAAGUCUAACAAACGCCGUAUGUACGUAUCGAAUGCAGCAUGAAAGCGGGUCCUCAGCACCACACCGAGGGACACAAUGUCUGUAAGAAAGAAGCCAUUCCAUCGUUGACUGCGAGCUAGACGCUCUAUCGGUUCCUGGAACCGCAUGAAGUUUCCGCACUCCAUGGCUUUUCGUCAACGGUUCACACGCUUCAUGGUGUCCCGGUGCUGCCUGUUGGUGCUAGAGAGAAAAGUGUGUUCUUCCUUUGCCUAUCCUGCACUCCCACGUGAAAAGGGACCAUAGUGCUGGGUACUUUCCCGGAAGCAUACAAUCGUUCCAACUCCAGUGCUACCAUUCAAAUCGAAAGAGCGUUUAAACUACUACCGUGGCCUAUUACUUCCGCACAAUGUUUGCUACCAUCGGCUCGCUCGGCAAGUGUUUCGAUGCUCACUAUUUGUGCCAGAGAAAUCGGUUUUGUUCCUCAUUUGCCUAUCCUGAUUCUGAAUGGACAAAAUGGAACAGGAUACUUCCUUUACGAGGAAUACAUUGGUCGCUCGAUGAAUGUGGAAACCUUUACGGGAUAGUCGCACAAUGUUUGCUACCAUCGGCUCGCUCGUCUAGUGUUUCGAUGCUCACUAUUUGUGCCAGAGCAAUCGGUUCGUUGUUUGCCUAUCCUGGUUCGAAAUGAAACGAUGGAGCAGGAUACUUCUUUACGCGAAUACAUGAGUCGCUCGACGGGAUGGAAUGGUUCUUUCUUAGCGCAGUUUUUCAUCAUCAGGACAAUUGAUUUGCUAAUCGCUUGCCUCCGCUUUCUCCACAGUGUUCGCACACCAGGUGGCCGUCUGGUUUACCAGUACGUGAAGAAACGCCGUACCCUCCCGAAAUGCGGCCAGUGCAAGAAGGAGCUGAACGGCAUCAAGCCCUCCCGGCCGUGCGAGCGCCCGCGUAUGAGCCGCCGCCUGAAGACCGUCACCCGUACGUUCGGUGGUGUCCUGUGCCACCACUGUCUGCGUGAGCGCAUCAUCCGUGCAUUCCUGAUCGACGAGCAGAAGGUCGUGAAGGUGCUGCGCGCUCAGCAGCAGGCCAAGCCGGUCGGCAAACCGGUCAAGGCCCCGAAGACCACCAAGACCACCAAGGCCGGUGCCAGCAAAUCGAAGUAAGCUCGAGAUUGAUGGUGAUGGUGGUGGUGGUGGUGUCCUCAGGGUCUCUGAGAAUGCCCGCGCACACGCGGAGAAUGUAGAGGAGGAGGGUGUGUGUGUGUAUAAACGUUAAGAAUCCACUCUGAAAGGAAAAUACAAACAAAAGCGGAAGAUUGAUACGGAA